CGAUCCGAGUUCGAUUCCCGUUCAUCGCCACCAACACCAGUGACGAUUAUUUGAACCGGUCCGAGGUGUCCCCUAGGUCGACUCGGCCUCAAAUGAUGGUGCGGUGUGAUUGCUCCUAGGGGGACAAAGGCGGCCGGGCGUGGUGCUGGCCACCCAACUCCCUCUUGUGCCGUUCUGGUCUUCGACUUACUUCCGGGUCGAUAAACCGGUGAGAAUCCUUUUCAAGAGCAGGACCCGACAACGCUGCGCUUUCCAUCAUGAACCGAUUCCAGGCGUCAAGAUUCAGGAACACGACGGCGACCAUCGCCCAGAGACAGGACUGGCUGAGCGAGCUGCACGUGGACGCUGGGCUGUCCUCCGGGCGCCACAUCCAGGCCAGCGUCUGCCUCCUCGCGUUCUCCUCCGGAGCGAGCGGAGCUCUCGGGGUGCUGCCCCUCAGCCGAUGGGGGCCCGUGAAUGGAGGCGUGCCGACUCUGCACUGCCACUCCGAAAUCAUCACGGAUUUUGGUUUCUCUCCGUUUGAUGAUUUGCUGCUGGGCACCUGCUCUGCUGACCACACGGUGAGGCUGUGGCGGCUGCUCGAGGGCGGGGUGGACAACGCGGCGUCGCCCCCUUCGCUCGUCCUGCCCGCGGCCCAAUCGAGCGUGGAGCUGCUGCGCUUCCACCCGGCGGCCGACGGCGUCCUGGGCAGCGCGAGCGGCGACGCCGUCACCGUGUGGGACGUGCUGCAGAAGGCGCCCUUGGCAGUUCUAGCAGAUCAUUCUGGCCAGGUCCAAGACUUCUCUUGGCAGCAGAGCGGGGUGCUGCUCACCUCCACUUGCAAGGACAAGAAGCUGAGAGUGUUCGACCCCCGACUGCAGCUCUCAGCUGUGCAGGCUGUGAAAGGGCAUGACAACGACAAGGAUUCUCGUGUGCUGUGGCUUGGCAACCAAAACUUAAUCGUGUCCACGGGAUUUAGUCAGGUGAGAGAGAGAGAAGUGAAGCUCUGGGACGUGCGGAAACUCACCGGCUCCGUGUGCACCGAGACGCUCAACUCGUCCUCAGGAAUCCUACUUCCACUCUACGAUGCCGAUUCGGGAUUGCUUUUUCUGGCUGGAAAGGGAGACAACGUCGUGUACUGCAUGGAAGUGUCCGAGUCUCAGCCCACUCUCAGCCAAGUGUGCCAGUGCGUGACGGACGCGGUGACGCGUGGCGUGGCGCUGCUCCCCAAGCGGGCGCUGGACGUGAUGGGCUGCGAGGUGGCGAGGCUGCUGCAGCUGACGAGCACAACCAUCGUGCCCGUGCGCUACACCGUGCCGAGAAAGAACACGUUUCAGUUCCAUGCAGACUUGUUUGUGGACACGGCGGGAGACGUCGCUGCCAUGCUGGGCUCCGACUGGUGGACGGGGCAGAACCGUGCGGUGGAGAAGGUGAGCUUAGAUCCAACAAAGAGACAGGAAGGCAGGAACGCUUCGGCGAUCCUGAAACCGGCACAGCAGCCCAAGUGCAGCGCGACUCUCAGCGCGCCGCACGCGGACACAGAGGACGCGAAGAAGCCACUGGCGGAGAAGAGCACUGGCGGCGUCACGGAGAAGCCCGGGGCCGGCGGAGAGAACAGCGGCGGCAAGUCGGCAGAGAAAGCCGGCAGCCCGGGUGGCGCGAAGCGUCCAGCAGCUUACAGCAUCGUCGGUGUGACGUCCAAAUUCCGUCACAUGCGCGGCGUGGUGCUGCACCGCGAUACUCACAUCGGCAACCUGCGCAACGUGAGCCUGACCACGCCCGGAGAGUGCGACGGCAUGGCGGCCAACCACCGCUUCAUCGCCGUGCCCCUCGCUACCUCCGGGGGGCAACUCGCCGUGCUGCCGCUCUCGCAGACGGGGAAGUUGCAAGACGCCGCCAUUCCCACUGUGCAGAACGGCACAGCCAUCGCGGACUUCUGCUGGGACCCGUUCAACCCGUGUCGCCUGGCUGUGGCGGGAGAGGACGGGCGAAUUCGGCUGUGGAUCGUCCCAGAGGCGGGUCUCAGCAGCACGCUCACCGAGCCCCACGUGGUGCUCUCCGGCCACACCGAGAAGAUUUAUUCCCUCAAGUUUCAUCCCUUGGCUGCCGACGUGCUGGCAUCCUCCUCGUACGACAUGAGCGUGCGCAUCUGGAACCUCAAGUCCAAGAGGCAGAUCCUUCAGCUGGAGGGUCACAGUGAGCAGAUCUUCUCCUUGGCCUGGAGUCCAGACGGACAGCGGUUGGCCACGGUCAGCAAGGAUGGGAAAGUGAGAAUCUUCAACCCUCGUCAAUCCACCAAGCCUAUGCAGGAGGGACCUGGCCCAGCCGGCAGCAGGGGCGCCAGGGUGGUCUGGGCUUUGCAGGGCACGCGGCUGCUCGUCUCGGGGUUUGACAGCGGCAGCGUGCGCCAAGUGUCCCUGCACGACGCCGGCGCCCUGGCUGCCGGGCCCGUGUCCAAAGUGUCGGCUGACGUGUCGCCCUCCACGCUCAUCCCCUCCUACGACCCCGACUGCCACCUCGUCUUUCUCACGGGGAAGGGCGACACACGCGUCUCUGUGUUCGAGCUCAGCGCUGAACCGCCGUACUUCCUCGAGUGCUCGGGCUACAGCUCCUCCGAGCCUCACAAGGGAAUGGUGUUCCUGCGCAAGACGGAGUGCAACGUGCGUGACGUGGAGUUUGCGCGCGCCCUGCGGCUGGGGAACAGCACCAUCGAGCCCCUGGCGUUCAGCGUGCCGCGUGUCAAGAGGGAGUACUUCCAGGAUGACCUGUUCCCCGACACGCUGGUGUGGUGGGAGGCGGCGCUCACGGCAGACGCCUGGUUUGCCGGCACAGACGGCAAACUCAAGAAGCGCAGCUUGUGCCCCGGCGAUAUGCCUCCACUGUCGAGCGUCCCGCGAGAGGAGACGACCAGGAAGUACGCCGGCGGAAACUCCUACGCCGAGGAGAAGUCGGACCAGCAGAAGAAGGAGGAGCUGCUGAAUGCCAUGGUCUCGAAGCUCUCCUCGCGGGAUGAUCCUUUACCUCAAGACGAGAUGGAGGGAGUGGAUGACGAUGAAUGGGAUGAUUGACGCUCGCGUUGGAGAUGCUGGGUUACAGCCCAGCCCAGCGUGCCCGGCUCGUUACGCCGACCAGGCGGAGGGCGUCAGGAUGCGUGUGGUGGUGGUGGUGGUGGUGAUCCAGGAGCACCAUGAAUACAGGGUCCUUUGUACAACCUCCUGAUUUUUCUUGCACACGAUUCGGAGUGUGUGGUAUUUUCCAAAACGACUGAUCACCGUGUUGACCACAGCACUCCCUUGUUAUUGGAGAGCGAAUACGCUCCGGAGAUGCUCGUGAUUAGCAGAUAUUGGCCUAUGAAAACCUAUAUUUUUUAUGAAUUACCUGAAAUCAAUAGGUAAACAAGGUAUUACAUACUCUUGGGUUCUUUCGGUAAAGUCACGUCGGUGUAAAAGAACCAAAGAGUAUGGAUUCCUGCAGUCACGAAAGCUUCAAAUCAAGGUAUUAAAUACAUGAAAAUUAUCAUAACACAAAACAAUUGGUUAUAAUAAAACAAAGAACCAAGUAUUAAAUAUUAGAUUAUAAAUGAACUUGUCUUGAGCACAUCACUUUAUCUCUCAUCACUUAAUCUCGAUUCGCAGAUAGCCAACAUCGGGGAUACCAAGUUCGUGCCGUACUUCACUUGAAAUGCACGUACUUUUGUAAAACUUUGAUGAUUGUGAUCCAUGUCCACUAACCUGCAUUGACCAGCGUGGUGAAGUUUGGCAGAUAGGGCCCCAUGGCCAAGACAAUGUAUGGAGGCCUUCAUCCAACAGUGGAUUGAUUAAGGACUGAAAAUUAUUGUUCUUGAACUAAUUCUUUUUCUAUAAAUGUAGGUUUACUUAGCCUAAAAUACAUGCUUUGAAUUAUCAACCUAAACAGAAACAUAACUUGAACAGUUAAAAUACUUCUUCUUGGUUCUUUCGGUAAAGUCACGUAGAAGGGAAGUAAUAAAAUAAUAAAAGCUUUAAAUCAAAAGUUAAAAUACUUGUUUGUAAGUUCUAAUGUUGUAAACCUUUGUUAGAUGACCGUUUUUAAAGGUGCUUAAGAGCGAUCAAGUUGGGCCUCUUAACGGACCAUGCGUGUGCCCGACGCCCCGAUGCAUGCUAAGAUCGUGUGUGACCCUUAGAUUAAGGGGUGAUCUUAACAUUUAAUUCAGAAAUGAAUUUUUUCCCUUUUCGUUGAGGAAUUGAAUGCUUUGGCAAGCUCAAAAUGAUGGGACCAUUUAAAAUAAACAAAAUACUGUGUUUGUAAAACAUGGGAAUGAAGUUGGACUCAAGCAGCACACGUCGUGUGUAUGAAAAUAAUAGCGGGCAUUAAACAGGAAGGGGCAUCGCGGUGGUGAGACAAGUGAAUAAAAAUCGUUAAGAUAACCAAAUAUAAACCAGAGCAAAUACAACUGAAAGCAAAACCAACCAUAAGGUCACUCACCCACAAGAACACUGACCCACGGAGGUUACUCGGCAACCCACUUAGCCACCCAGGCACCCAAUAAGCCACGGGCUACGAGGCCACUCGCCCACGAGGCAAUCCAGCCCCCCACCAGAUCACUAAGUUACCAACCAGUGCACCCACUCGCCAACCAGUGCACCCACUCGCCAACCAGUGCACCCACUCACCAACCAGUGCACCCGCUCACCACCCAGGCCACCCAGCCACCCACACGGCCUGCCACUAGGCCAGGGGUCGGCAACCUGCAUCUCCAGAGCCGCAUGCGGCUCUUUAAAGACUGCUUUGUGACAUUUAGUAAGGACCACCAUUUCGUAUUCACAUGCAUUGUGGCUCUUGAAAUAGAGGGUUUUUGUUUUUACCGAUAUCAAUUUAUUUUAUUUUGGUAGCCAACCCCUGCACUAGGCCACGUGGUCACAAGGCCAUUCACCCACGAAGCCACCUACUAGAUUCAGGUCAUUCACCCACGAGGUCACAAGGCCAUUCACCCACGAGGUCACAAGGUCAUUCGCCCACUAGGUCACAAGGCCAUUCCCCACGAAGCCACCUACUAGAUCAAGGUCAUUCACCCACUAGGUCACAAGGUCAUUCACCCACAAAGCCACUAGAUCAUCCACCUACGAGGUCACAAGGCCAUUCACUCACUAGGCCAGAGAGCCAUUCACCCACUAGAUGGUGCAUGGUUCUUGUACUGGCCUGAGACGAGGCCACGAGCCAGGCUGCUGCUGCUGCCUCUGGUGCAGGACAGAUUAUUAGAGCGUAUUUUUGUUUGCAUGUUCACCACAAAGUGCUGUGUGUGCUUAAUCCAGACUGAUUCCUUGCAAAAGAUUUCUAUUUGGUAUUUGAACAUCUUAACAACUUGUAUUGCCACAAAUGGGUAAAACAUUCCUAUCGUUUCUCGCAUGUAUACGACCAAACAAUUCGCUGCAAGCCCGUUUUAGAAGAGCAUUCGAAGCAGCCCUGUAACGCUUUAAACGCUUUCCCUCUUUUUACAUAAAAAAAAAACUGAAUUUGUGACAUUGCAAGGACAGAAAACCACUUUUUUGGAUGUAAAAAAUAAAAGCACGGAACCUUAAA